AUGAAGACUUUCAACUUGCACUCAAAGGAAAAUACUGAAGGCAAUAAUAUUCGUGCUACUGCAAAGAAAUACAAUAUUCCAAAAUCAGCGUUACAUUCUCAUCAUUUUUCACAAACAUCUCAUGGCGCUGAACAUACAACUCAUUUUACAGAACUUCAAGAAAUUUAUUUGGUUAGUGCUGCACCUGUACUUCAGGAAUGGGGAGAACCAGUAACACCAAAGGAACUGAUUAAAAUGGCGACACAUUAUGCUCAAGAAUUAGGAAAAGAUAUGUCAUUUCAGAAUGGCAAACCGGGCAAUGAGUGGUAUUAUUCUUUUAUGGUACGUCAUGCAGAAUUGAAAACAGCUACACCUAUCCCUCUUACAUCAAAACUUGCGAAGAUGACAAUGACCACAAUCAACAAAUGGUUUAAAUUAUAA